AUGUUAAAUGAUGCUGAUGAUUAUAAUGUUAUUAUUAAAGUUGGAGAAAAUGAAAAUAUAAAAGAAUUUCAACAAAUUUAUGAAGAAAUUGAAGAAUUUUAUAAUAAAAGUACCUUCCCAAAAAUAGCAACUCUACCAUCUAGAAUAAGGAAAUUUGAUUCAAAGAUUAUCAAACCAAAACUUGCAAAAAUAAUUCUUAAAUGGAUUAAUAAAGAAGUUUUCUGGAUUUCACGUUAUAAGUUCGAUCUUACUUAUCGUGGUAGUAUUAAUGGUAGUGCUAAAUCAUUUAAAAAUAAAUGUAAAGGCCAAGUAGAAAGUCUGGUUUUGAUUAAAGUUAAAUAUUCAAAUAAAAUCUUUGGAGGAUACAGUUCUAUUGGAUUUCACUCAAUUGUAAAUAGUCUUUUACGUAUUGAUAAUAAUAAUCUACCAUUCUAUUAUUCAUUUUUUUCAUUUGAAAAAGAUACUCAAAAAAUAUGA